CAUAUCUUCUUAGGCAUAUUUAUCUACAGCAUCAAGAUGCCUUUUCCUAGUGAUUUUUCUAUCAGAUGGCAUUUAUCUCGGUGGCACCCAGCGGACAAAGAUACCGGGCGAUGCUGCCGCCCCGAGAAGUGCGACAGGCGCGCAACAUCACUGACGAGCAGACGUCAAACAGUGGACGCCAUGAGUAACGGGUUAGACAACUGCAUUCGUGCCAGCAUCUGGACACGGCAAGAGACGCUUCUGCUUCUCGACCUGUGGGAGCAAGAAACGCGGCGGCAGAACCUCGAUGGAACAGCGCGAAACUACAAGGUUCAUCAAAGGAUAUCUCAGGUGCUCAACUCCCGAGGCUACAGUCGCUCGCCGAUGCAAGUCAGAGAGAGGCUCAAGAGGCUCCGGCGCGAAUACAGGGAAUCCCGUCGUUGCGAAUACUACGACCGCAUAGCAGCAAUUAUGACGUCACAACCGGAAACCAACGGCGGUGCCGUUGGUUCUCCUGCGGAGAAUGGGACCGAAAGCCACACCAAUGGAAAUGGCGAUAGUCGCAUGACUGAUGACGAUGCCGGUUUACACGUAAACAACGAUGAUCGUUCUCAGGGGACCUCCGAUAAUGACGCAGGCUCUCCUACCGAACUCAAUGGACACCAAACUUACGCGGAAAACAACAAAUUCCCGCAACAUGCUCCCCCAGUAACUGCAUACCCCGACAUCAAUCACCAGGCCGACAACAACACCUACCCGUCUUACAACAGCACCGACGAAUCCCUCAUUCUGCAGCGAAGAACAGUUCACCUGCUGACAGCGCUGGUGGAAGGGCAACGAAGGACGCAGCGAUCGACCGUCUGCUACCAACGGCAAAUGCUGCAGAACAUGCAUAUCAUCGCGACGUCCAUGCAGACCGUAGCUGGCUCUCUGGCUCGCGCGUGUCUUUACACUCCUCUCCCGGCAAGAGGGGAAGAUGACGGCGGUGGUAGCCCAACGUAUGCUGCCAGUCUUCUGGAACAACAAGAGAGCUACCUGGACUUGUCCCAAGAUCGGAUGCAGACGAAUGGGUCGUGUAAAGAAGAAUCAGAUCAUUGAAGUGUUCCUGCUUGUAGAACGACGUUGUUCGAGAGAUAUUGUCUACGAGCAACUCUGACUGUGUUGAACACGGUGCUAGAUGUUCUUCGCUAUCUACUCCCUAGCUUCGAUUAUGCAACUGAACGUAAAUGAUGCGGAUGACAGUGGGUGCAUUCGCGAGAUACCAAAGACUGUGCAUAUCUGACGAGAGAUUCGCUGUAUCUCUUACCUCAAUUCUGUGGAAGUGACGACAUGGUAUCUGAAGCUGAACAAUCGGAGUGCGCUGCCAUGUCUGCGACAACAUGACUCAUGAGAGACAUCGAUCCCGUGGUAUUUGUGUCAAAUCUAUCGGCAAUCACGUCUUCCACAUUGAACUGUGAGUUCCUGACGUUCCGUUUGUGACGUUUGCAUAUUAUGUUAGGCACAGGUUGCACCAUGUGCGGUCACGGCCACAUACUCAUCACACAAGUCAUAACCUAUGUGCCAUACCUUUCAUUAACUGUCUUCGUUAUCCCAGGCUACCGCAACUACGGCGUGUCAGUACAAAGACUGUUUUUAUCGCUGUGCACGAGGCUUUGUGCCACUUAUAUGUACUGUACAAAUAAGAGAGUCAUAUCUGUUUGUAUGCCACUUUAUUUUUUAUUUUUUUAUGAAUGUACGCACUUCUGCAAGUCUUGGUACCAAGACUACCAAGUGAUACCAGAAGUAUUGCAAGAACUCAAGAUGAUGGAUUCAGAUUGAUAUUAUUGCAACUUGUUCACUAACACGUUUAUGUUCGUUCCACUUUCAGCAUAGGGAAGUAAAGUGUUUCAAGAAAGAAAAAUAAAGUAAACAACUCGA